UUCCCGGGGGAACAAGCGUCUGCUGGAUCUGCUUUUCUCAGCUCCACAUCGUCACUGGAUCGGUUAGGCGCUUUACACUCGGUCCAUUCGAUCCACUCAAACGGUCAACCGAAUAUCCCACUAUCAUGUGAUCUGGCCACACCCUUGGUGACCGAUGCCAGUUCGCUUCCUUUGCACGGACUACAGCCCAUGACACCGGGGCUGGUAGCAUUGAAAUCUGUUCAUAACAAAAAUGUUCUACCCAGCUAUCCGUUGCUGAGUGGUGUAACUCCCUAUGUACCAAACGGUGCGGUCCCACUCUCACUUCCUACAACUGCCACAAAACUAAACUUGUGCGAUGGGACUUUGCACACCGCGUUUUCCCUGAACAGUUUGGACCCGGUGGGAUUCGCGUUACGCAAUCAGCAAUUGAUGCCUCUGCCCCUAUCUCUAACCGAUUGGACAACUAAUGCACAAUCAUACGGCUGUGGAUUUAUACAACCUGAGAUUCCCCGUCCUGCGUUGAUUUCCAACUGUAAUGGUGUUUCACUGCUGUGCUAG